AGGUCAAUUUUAUAAUCUACGGAGUAAAAAAUUUCCCGUUUAAUUUCGUUAGCCUUCCUCCUCCGCUCGUGUCGUCGUCUCCAUCCCUCUUAACCACGUCUCUCCCUCUCUCCUUCCCCGAUCUGCUGCGCUCCCCGCUGCCUAUCCAAGCCGAGGUUGUUCGUCGCCGCCAGCAUGGGUCUGGCGAAGGAUGGUGCCGAGAUGGAGGAGGGGACACUGGAGAUUGGCAUGGAGUAUAGGACCGUCUCUGGUGUGGCAGGGCCAUUGGUUAUCUUGGACAAAGUGAAGGGGCCAAAGUAUCAGGAGAUUGUGAAUAUUCGAUUGGGAGAUGGCACCACUCGUCGUGGUCAAGUCCUGGAAGUCGAUGGUGAAAAAGCUGUCGUGCAGGUCUUUGAAGGUACUUCAGGGAUAGACAACAAGUAUACUACUGUGCAGUUUACAGGAGAGGUUUUGAAAACUCCUGUCUCACUUGAUAUGCUAGGACGCAUUUUCAAUGGUUCUGGAAAGCCUAUUGAUAAUGGUCCUCCCAUAUUGCCCGAGGCUUACUUGGAUAUUUCUGGAAGUUCUAUCAACCCCAGUGAGAGAACCUAUCCAGAAGAGAUGAUUCAAACAGGAAUAUCCACUAUUGAUGUUAUGAAUUCGAUUGCUCGUGGGCAAAAAAUCCCUCUUUUCUCUGCUGCUGGGCUUCCUCACAAUGAGAUUGCUGCUCAAAUUUGUCGUCAGGCCGGUCUUGUUAAAAGGCUGGAGAAAAGCAAGCAGGCAGAGGGUGGCGAAGAAGACAACUUUGCAAUUGUGUUUGCUGCUAUGGGAGUAAACAUGGAAACAGCCCAGUUUUUCAAACGUGACUUUGAAGAAAAUGGUUCCAUGGAGCGGGUCACCCUUUUCUUGAAUCUGGCAAAUGAUCCCACUAUUGAGCGUAUUAUCACUCCUCGAAUUGCUCUAACAACAGCUGAAUAUUUGGCAUAUGAAUGUGGGAAGCAUGUUCUUGUCAUACUGACAGAUAUGAGCUCUUAUGCAGAUGCACUUCGUGAGGUCUCAGCGGCACGCGAAGAGGUGCCCGGUAGGCGUGGUUAUCCUGGGUAUAUGUAUACUGAUCUAGCCACCAUAUAUGAGCGAGCUGGGCGUAUUGAGGGCAGGAAAGGAUCAAUUACCCAAAUUCCUAUUCUUACAAUGCCUAAUGACGAUAUCACACAUCCAACUCCCGAUCUUACGGGAUACAUUACUGAAGGGCAAAUAUAUAUUGACAGACAGCUUCACAACAGACAGAUAUACCCACCUAUCAACGUCCUGCCAUCUCUCUCUCGAUUGAUGAAGAGUGCUAUUGGUGAAGGUAUGACACGUCGAGAUCAUUCAGAUGUGUCCAAUCAGCUCUAUGCCAACUAUGCAAUUGGGAAGGAUGUCCAAGCGAUGAAAGCUGUUGUUGGAGAGGAGGCUCUUUCGUCCGAGGACCUGCUCUAUUUAGAAUUCCUUGACAAGUUUGAGAGGAAAUUUGUAGCGCAAGGAGCAUAUGAUACUCGAAACAUUUUCCAGUCACUUGAUCUGGCAUGGACAUUGCUACGCAUAUUCCCCCGCGAACUUCUCCACCGUAUUCCCGCGAAGACAUUGGAUCAAUUCUACAGCAGAGAUGCCACCCAUUGAUAAUUUUGUCCAUAAUUUCAAAGUUUGAGGAGCGGCAGCAGCUUGAAUAAAGAGAGGAAUCCAAACUUGUAUCUUUUUGGUACAUUAUAUAGUCCGAUCCUAUUCUUUCCAGGCUGUGGGCACAAGUUCAUCCACAUGACUUGUCACUUGCGGCUUUUGUAAUUGUCAUGUAGUCUCAACAAAUCACAAGUUGGAUCUCAUCUCGGUUUCAUUUCCCUGUAUUGUGCAGCAAAAUUGAAAAGCCGUUUAGGCGUGCAUACUCGAACAUGUUUAUAUAUUUUUGGACUUGAAUUUUUAAAUGUAUAUUGCUCCCUUUCCUGGUUGAUUGAGGAUUAA